AUUUAAAUCACGUGACCGUCUCUAAGGACGCAAAAAGGUAAAAAUCAAUAAUCUAAAGGUGAUCUCUUUUCCGUUUGUCAACAGACUUCUACAACAUGACUUUGACCCCAGUCCCGGAGAAAAGCCGGGAAAGGUCUAUGCUCUCGACUGAAGAUACUACAACCUCAAGGACAGAUCAACAUAAAAAUGAACCUAGACCGAUCAGCACGAAACAUCAAUGGGAGGGUCGGAAAGCAUUGGCUGAGGGUUACGACCCACCUAUAACAGAGCGAGAGACGUGGUGGAGAACGUAUAUAAGGGAAACCCCAUUACCAGGUGCCUAUGAAACAGAUUCCUUUUUAGACAAUCUGAGAAAGAAACAAAAUACAUACAGGUUCAAAUCUGAUGGAAGAGCGAUUGAUCCACAUCCACAUGGAAAGGGUGCACAACUCUUACCAGGGGCAUACAACUUCCCUAGUUUUCUAGAAAGGUUCAACACAUUACCAGCAACCUAUAACUUCAAAUCAGAAAGGAGAGACAAAUUUGAUACCCUUAAUAUGGGCACGAAAGACAGGGAUAUCAACGUGAGCCCUAAUGCAUAUGCUUUGGAAAAAUAUUUGUCAUUGUCAGUAGAAAAACAACAGUCUAAACAUUAUAUGUUCCGAUCUCAACAUAAGAGAUUCCCAACAGCUCCUUUCAAACCGAAAAAAGGGCCAGGUCCAGGAGAAUAUGAACAACAGAGUAUCUACCCUAAAAUAAGUGUUUCAUCAAGCUUCAAGUCAAAAACACCAAGAUUUUCUAGUUCACAUACACGUGUUCCAGGACCUGGUACCUAUGAGAAGACCUAUCAGUACCCACAACCAGAUACAGUCACAACCAUGGGUAGACAACAUGGCCUAUUCUUCUCAAGUGCAUUUCAAACAUAAGCUCUAGUCAAUCUGUAGGAUUUGAGUAGACUGUGCAUGCUUGCUUCAGACAUUAUUUUUCUAAUUUAUACUUUACAGCAGAAAUUUGUCUGCUAAGAAUUCUAUAUUCCACAAAUCUACGGAAUAUGUAACCAAUUAAGUCAGAGCUUUUUGUGAAGAAAUUUUUCCAAAGAAAUUUAAAAUAAUGUUGAAUAUAUUUAAAGAUGUUUCAUUAUAUGGGUUGUGCUUGAUUUUCAAAUUGUAAUGUGGAAAUUUCUAAUAUACAAUUUAAGAUAUUUCUUAUUCAGUUAUAGUUCUGACAUUGUAGAAAGAAUGUUCUGCUUAAUAUAUAGACUUUCACAAUCUAAAAGAAUAUUCAAAAUAAAUUUCAAAAUUCUUGCUUAUUCAUCAUAAAUUUUUCAGAUUACCAUUUCAAAUUGAAAAUGCAAGCAAGGCUUGGAAAUGAGCUGUGUAAUGGACUUAGUGCAACAUUUAUAAAUCUAGUGAUAUUACAGUAUACCAUAUCAUGUUUAAUGAAAUUUGAAAUUAGAGCUAAGGUGUUUCAUAAUGCAUUUAGUCAACAUGUUUUGUUAAUUGCAUGUACUGUGGAUUCAUUUAUUUUCGUGGGUACAAAUUUUAUUGGAUUGAAGAAAAACUGUAUUUUCAUGGAUAUUUGAUUUUGUUGUUAUUCAGAAAUCUGCAUAUAAUCAUACAGCAAAUUUGUAAUUCGUUCAUUUAAAUUUGUGGUUUCCCUGUACCUACGAACUCAACUAAAAAUUGGUAUCCAACGAAUAAAAAUGAAUCCACAGUAAAACAUUUAUCAUCUUUUUAUUCAGUAGUACCUUAAUGAUUAUAAUGAUAUAAGCGAUUGUGAAAAAUUGUAAAAAGUGAAAAUAUGUGUGUGUUCGACCUUGUUUGUUAAAUCAAAGUCUUAACUUAAAGCUAAAUCCAUGACGUAAAUUAAAGCAUUGACUUGUUGAAGUCUUUGAUAGACAGAGGUAAAUAUAAGGGUAUGUCUAUUCUAAUGUCAAUAUUUGUUUUUAAAUUUGAAUUCUUUAUUAAUUAUUUCAAUUGCAUUGUAUUUGUAUGUUAUCAGUAUUAUGUUUAUAAAUAUAUCAAAAAAGGGUAUCAUGAUUGUGAUUGAAAAAGAUAUCAUAAAACCUGAAUAUUUUUGGUACAUGUUUUGACCAAACAAGUCCAUAUGAAGUUCAGAGAAUGGGGGAUUUUAUUUCACUGGAGAAAAAAAAUGCUCUUUAAGAAACGUGUGUCUAAAAAAUCUAAUUCCAUUUAUUUCAACAUUUUCAAAAAAAGUAAUGGCAGAAGAGAUAAUUAUUGGACUGUCAGUGUAAUUUUUAUAUAUGAACAGUUUUAAUUCAGAAAAAUAACUUUGUUAUCCUUAUUUAGAGCAGACUGGGUUUACCUAAUAAUGAGAAAUGAUAGAUUUUGGCCAAUGGAUACCAGAUUUUUUACAAAAUGAAAAUAGAAUUCUAAUUUGUUUGUAGAAUGGCAUUCAAGUCAAAAGAAGGUAACAAUUGCUGUAAAGUGCAAAAUGUUCACUAUUUUUUAUUAUUAAGAUAAAAUCUAGAAACUACCUUCCCAAACCUCUGAUAUUUAAAUCAAAAUUAAAGUGAAAAAAAAUUGAAAAUAAAAUCUAGCAAAAUUUUAACCCAGAUGAAAUAAUCACAUUUACAAUAUCAAGUUUUGUAUAGUGGGAAAAGGGUGGUCUCUUAUUCCAACGAGGGUAAUAGUUUUAAAGGUGAACAUUUAAUCAAUAUGCAAGACAUGUUCAUGUGUGUUUUCCAGCUGUCUUCAAAACAAUAAUAUAUUGUCAUCAGUAUUAUUACAUUUUUAUGUUAUAUUUUUUUAUAUGUGUGAUAUUUUUGUUACAAUGUUUACAAUAAAUUAUUAUAAUAUUU